AUGUCCAACUUCUUCGAUAUUAAGGCCAGGAAAGCGGCAGCCGCCGCCAGUGGUUCGUCAAGCUUGAAGCCGGAGAAGAAGGUGGACACGCAGAACCAGCCUUGGGUAGAGAAAUACCGCCCCAAGAGUCUUGAUGAUGUUGCCGCACAAGAUCACACACUUCCACACAUGCUGUUCUACGGCCCGCCGGGUACAGGCAAGACUUCGACCAUACUAGCCCUUGCGAAGCAAUUGUACGGCCCUGAAAUGGUGAAAUCACGCGUGCUGGAACUCAACGCCUCGGACGAGCGUGGCAUCUCCAUUGUCCGCAAGAAAGUCAAGGACUUUGCCCGUAUGCAGCUCACCAACCCGCCCGCUGGCUACCAGAGCAAGUACCCGUGCCCACCGUUCAAAAUCAUUAUUCUGGACGAAGCCGAUUCGAUGACACAAGAUGCCCAGAGCGCGCUGCGAAGGACUAUGGAGACCUACAGCAAGAUCACGCGCUUUUGCCUAAUCUGCAACUACGUAACGCGCAUCAUCGACCCUCUUGCGAGUCGAUGCAGCAAGUUCCGAUUCAAGAGCCUGGACCAGGGGAACGCGAAGAAGAGGUUGGAGCUGAUCGCCCAAGCGGAGGGUGUGACUGUCGAAGAUGGUACCAUUGACGCACUGAUCAGGUGCAGCGAGGGUGACUUGCGAAAAGCCAUUACAUAUCUACAGAGUGCAGCUCGAUUGGUUGGUGCACUUGCGAAGAAGGACGGAGAUGGCGAUGAGGCGAUGAAUGUGGACACCAAGGCCGUCACGGUCAAGAUCAUAGAGGACAUUGCUGGCGUCAUCCCCGACGCGACUAUUGACACUUUGGUGGACGCGCUACGGCCUACGAGUACUGCGCAAGCUUAUGAGACUAUUGCGAAGGUUGUCGAGGAUAUGGUAGCGGAUGGCUGGAGCGCUGGCCAGGUCGUGAACCAGCUGUACGCUGCAAUUCUUGGCGACGAGUCGAUACCGGACGCUCAAAAGAACAAGAUCGUCCUUGUCUUCUCGGAGAUCGACAAGCGCUUGGUCGAUGGUGCGGACGAGCAUCUUUCCAUGCUGGACCUAUCGGUGAGGAUAUCAUCAAUUGUUUCGGUGAAAUAA